AUGUAUAAGGUGAUUGGAAUCAGCUUCGGCCUGCUGUGCAUCAUACAGUUCACUCUCAAUGUUGUUCUUCAUCUCCGAGGAACUGGGGUUUGUAACAAGUUAGACUUCGACUACAUCAACUCUACCAAUGGCACUCUUAUGUCCCCUGAAGACUUCAUGGAGCUGCUUCAACAGAAAGACAAAAUGCUUGAGCAACAAGAAGAUCAGAUAAUGAAACUUCAAAGUGAAAAUGAACAGAUAAAGAGGGUUCUUGAUGGCAAUGUACAAAACUUCCGAGACUGUCCUGUGGGCUGGUUGGAAUACAAGUCGAGCUGUUACCAAUUUACCGAUGAGAGAAAGGAUUGGGAAAAUGCCAGCGAUGACUGUGAGGCAAAGAGAGCUCAUUUGGCCAUUUUAGAUGAUGCAGAUAAAAUGGAUUUUCUUGGAAGGUUUCAGGACAGACUUACGGUGUGGAUUGGGUUGAGGAGUCAACAAGACGGUCCUCUCACGGCGUGGACUUGGGUGGAUGGACGCCAAUAUACCUAUCGUAACAACGAUAACUGGCUGCAGUCAAGUCAUCCGAGUUUGAACUGCGCCUAUGCUGAUCAACACCCAAUUCUGCACUUGGUCCCCGCCUCCUGUCGAGAACAACACGGCUGGUUGUGUGAGAAGGAGCUGAAAUGA